AAGGUCAAUCUGAGGUAUAAAUGGAGGGGAGGAGGGUUAGUGUUCAGUGCAGAAUUGUUCAGACUUACUGCAGACAUGCUAAGGUUUCUGUUGUUUACCGGUCUUGCAGCCCUGGUGUUGGCUGAGCUGGAGCCCCAGCCCAGGUACUUAGAGGAUGACUUUGAAAGGGUUGUUGGAGGUGAGGUUGCCAGACCCAACUCCUGGCCCUGGCAGAUUUCUCUUCAGUAUCAGUCGGGCAGCAGGUACUACCACACCUGUGGAGGAACCCUGAUUCGCAGAGGCUGGGUUAUGACUGCAGCUCACUGUGUGGACAGCCAAAGAACUUGGCGUGUUGUCCUUGGUGAACACGACCUCAACAGCGACAGCGGCAGAGAGCAGAUCAAGGGUGUCAGCCGCGUCUACAUUCAUCCCAAGUGGAACUCCUACAAUGUGGCUUACGGAUAUGACGUUGCUCUGCUGCGCCUGUCCUCCGAGGCCACCCUGAACACCUACGUCCAGCUGGGCUCUCUGCCCCCAUCUGGCCAGGUUCUUCCUCACAACAACAAUUGCUACAUCACAGGAUGGGGACGCACCUCCACCGGUGGAAGCCUGUCUCCUCAGCUGAAGCAGGCCUACCUUCCUCUGGUCAGCCAUGAAGUCUGCAGUAGGUCAGACUGGUGGGGCAGUACUAUCAAGAACACUAUGGUGUGCGGUGGUGGUGGUUCUGAUUCUGGAUGCAACGGUGACUCCGGCGGUCCUCUGAACUGCAUGGUUAGCAACAAAUACUACGUCCAUGGCAUUGCCAGCUUUGUGUCUGGUUCUGGAUGCAAUGCUUACAAGAAGCCUACUGUCUUCACCCGUGUGUCCGCCUACAUCCAGUGGAUGGACUCUAUCAUGAAUUAAACAGGAGACGAUCCUCGCUGGAAACGGACGGGAAAAAAAAAAUCAUUCCACUUUAUUUUGACUCAUCUGUGCCUCAAAAAAAUAAAAAUGAUUUAAGUA